CAGUAGCCACUUGCUUACAGACAUCUCACCAAGAUGGCGAUAGAUCCUUCCCUGGCCGAGACUGACAUUUUCGAUGAAGUGUUGAAGUACGGCCUGUUUUUAGGGGCCAUAUUCCAGCUGGUGUGCAUUGGGGCAGUCAUGUUCGUACCCAGCAGAGAUGAUCGCAGGGAUGGUGACUCAAGUGACGAUGAUGGAUCAGAGCAUGGAUCACCCCAUACAUCACCACCACAUCGUGGCCAUAAUCAGCACCACCGCCGCAAACAGGAUAAGAAGAAAAGACGAUGAGGGAAGGGAGAAAUGUUAACAGUUAAGACUGUUCACAUGGAAAUUGGUGGUGUAUAGCAGUAGCAGACUCACAUCAGUUGGUCUGGUCUUUGGUAAAGAAAGGUGGGUGCUUGAUAUGUCAG